UGCAGGAAAACGAAUGAGAAAACCAUACGCGCCAGCAUUUUGAAUCGACCGGAGAGCUGCAUUGUCUUCGUAUAUUCACAACAUAGACAAGAAACAAACACAGAUGGACAACAGAAACGCCUCCGAAGACAAGCCUGUUCAGCGCUCCAAGUCUUUCAGUUUUAAGACGCAGAAAGAGACAUGCACGUCAUGCGAGAAGACUGUUUACCCAAUGGAAAGGCUGGUAGCCAAUAACCUCAUCUUCCACAACUCCUGUUUCUGCUGCAAACACUGCAAGACCAAGCUCAGUCUGACCACGUUCGCCGCCCUGCAGGGAGAGUUUUACUGUAAACCCCACUUCCAGCAGCUCUUCAAAAGCAAAGGCAACUACGACGAGGGCUUCGGCCGCAAGCAGCACAAGGAGCUGUGGACGUCCAAGGAAGCGGAGAACAUCACCAAAACGGCAUAA